AUGGAUUCUUCCGUGAAGUCCUUCAAUCCGAACAAGCAUUUGAAAGAACAAUUUGUGAGCAACUUGACAGGAUCUUCCAUGCUUGAACUCUUCGUACUCUCAACUAUGCUACCUGUUGUGGUACUCAUACGCCGUUCCAUCGGCUCUGUUCCCACAGAUACCACAUCCAAGAAAAAUGACAAUCCUGUUGUUAAUUCUAAAAAAUGGAAAGGGUACUUCACGACAAUGACUCUGGAUUUCCUCUUCCUUGUUCUUCCUGUCUUAUUACUUUCCACUGUUCUAGCAGAAUGGACCUAUAUAAAUGCAAUUUUUGUGAUGCUACUACUGGUUUUCUGCAUUGCUGCUCAGAGAUUUGGGUCUUCUGUUUUUCAGGAAGAUGGGAUCCGUUCUCUUAGGAGUAAUAUCUCAUCGUAUAGAGUUUUGAUGAUGCUCGUGACAUGCUUGUGUAUUUUGGCUGUUGAUUUCAAAAUAUUUCCUAGAAGAUAUGCUAAAACUGAGACUUAUGGUACUAGUUUGAUGGAUCUUGGGGUGGGCUCCUUUGUGUUGGCAAAUUCAUUGGUUUCGCAACAAGCCAGAGGCAUCUCGAGAAU